AUGAAAUGCCUGAUGUUCAGUGCUGCGCUAGCCAUUGUCUAUUGGCUUGACUUUGGAGUUGGUGUUCCAGUAAAGCCAGAUUUUGACCUCCAACAGUUUGCUGGGAAGUGGUAUGCCAUUGCAAUAGUGAAGACUAGAGGACCACCUGAGAGCAUCCUAGUCCUAGACCAUAUAGUGGAACCCUUACCAAAUGGAGACAUGCUUAUGCAAGCACAGAUACCUUCGAAGGACAAGUGCAAAGAGGAAAAUAUUCAUUUGUCACAUACUGAUCGUGCUGGAAUAUUCACCACUGAAAAGGAGCGUGUCUUGAGUGUGGUGGAGGCAAGCUAUGAAAGUUACUACAUACUUUCCAUUGAAACACCGAAAAAUGGUGUUUUGCAGCUCUUUGCCAGGAAACCAGAUGUGCCAACAAUGGUGGAAAAUAUGUACCUGAGCCGUGCCCAAUCCCUUGGAUUUAAAAUUAAGUUUAUCAUUAACUUCAACACUAUGGAUCGGUGCCCUUAGUUGGACCCAAGGUACGUAAAAUACUAGAAACUGG